CCUUUGCACCCGCCGCCCGAAAAACUGCCCAUUUUCAACAUCGACCUCAGCACCGCAAACCGCCACGAUGUUGAUUCCCAAGGCCGACCGCAAGAAGAUCCACGAGUACCUGUUCCGCGAGGGCGUGCUCGUCGCUCAGAAGGACUUCAACCUCCCCAAGCACCCCGAUAUCGACACGAAGAACCUCUUCGUCAUCAAGGCUUGCCAGUCCCUCAACUCCCGCGGCUAUGUCAAGACUCAGUUCUCUUGGCAAUAUUACUACUACACCCUGACCCCCGAGGGUCUCGACUACCUCCGCGAAUGGCUUCACCUCCCCGCCGAGAUCGUCCCCGCCACGCACAUCAAGCAGCAGCGAUCGCACGCUCCUCCCCGUGGCAUGCUCGGCGAGGGUGAGCGCGAGCGCCGGCCGUUCGGCCGCGGCCGUGGCGGCGACCGUGGCGACCGCGAGGGCGGAUACCGAAGGCGGGAUGCUGGCGAGGGCAAGGAGGGUGGUGCUCCCGGCGAGUUCGCUCCUCAGUUCCGUGGUGGCGUUGGCCGUGCCCGCGGUGGCGCUCCUCCCUCUUAAGCGAUGCGAGUUUCCUUUGGGGUUUUCACUAUCGAGAUGCAUGGCGAAAGGUACCGACAUGUACUCUUAAAAAUGAGGGCAAUUCUUUACCAUGAGAGUCCGCUCGUGAGAACGGCAGAGUGGGGGACAUCGUGGGAGUUUGGAGGGUAGAUCCUCGGGAAUUCAUUUGCAUCAGGGUCAAUGUUUACCGUCAAACGAGAACAUUUCGCUCGGAUAACCGUGACCGUGAGCGUCUGUCGCUCCUCUUUUGACGAAAUUCGAGCUGCAUGGUCCCGGCAGCUUCAUCGCGACUCCGAAACGGGCUCGACUGCCAUCAACAGUUGGCGAACAUGCGCUACGAGAACCUGGCUCCUCGUAGACCAUGCCCAAACACAGACGUCC